GCAGAUAGAAUUAUUUGUUGUUUUUUUUUUUAAUUUGAAUUGCAAACAAUUAAUUUAAAUUAUAUAUUGAGUGAAAAGUCAGCGAGGCGGACUCACCAUGGAAGCUGUGCCACGUCUGCAUAUGCUGUGGUUUGCCCUAAAAUCCAGCCCGGAGGGCACCUCCUUUGCUGCUUUGAAGAAGUAUAUAGCCGAGUUCUAUCAUGAGGAUCCCGAGGCCUAUUCCAAGGAAGUGCAUGCCCUGGAGACGCUGCGGAAUCAGGCCAUGCGUACCACCAAGGAUGGAGCACCCGUGAUGAAGCGCUACUACUGCCAGCUUCACGCCCUGCAGAAUCGCUUUCCGCAGCUGGCCGACAAGGGCAUCUUCACCUUCACCUGGAAGGAUCUCUACCACAGUGCCGUUCACGAGGUCACCGAUAUACGUUUCGAGCGGGCAGCAGUCCUCUUCAACAUCGCUGCCUCUCACACCCAGUCUGGGGCCUCAGUGACGCGCGGCGAUGUCGAUGGCAUGAAAAUGGCGUGCACCCACUUCCAGGCCGCGGCCUGGGCCUACAACGAGCUGAGGGAACGCUAUGCGACCGUUAACAGUGGCGGCGACUUUAUGACCACCGAGCUGCUGGUCUACCAGCAGCAGGUGUGCCUGGCCCAGGCGCAGGAGUGCAUUCUGGAGAAGUCGCUGAUCGACAACCGCAAGCCGCACAUUGUGGCCAAGGUGACGGCCCAGAUCGUGGUCUACUACGGAGCCGCACUGGCAGCUCUUCUCACCGGAGGCGACGAUGGUCCGGUGGCCCAGGUCAUCGACGCUUCUGUCUACAAGCUGUGGAAGAAAUACGUGCGCUUCAAGAUUAACUAUCUGAAUUGCAUCCUCUACCUGUACCAGGGCCAGAACGCAGAGGAGAAGCGCCAAAUGGGCGAGCGAGUAACUCUCUACCAGGCCAGCUGGGACAAGCUGGAGGAGGCCCGCAAGGAGUCCAAGGGGUUGCCGGAUCAAAAGGAGAUCAAUGAGUCCCUAAGCUUCACUGCGGAUGUGGUGGAGGCCAAGCGCAAGAAUGCCAAAAACGAGAACGAGUUCAUCUACCACGAGGCCGUGCCAGAGCUGUCCACCAUUGCGGCUGUGCAGGGGGCCAACCUGGUGAAUGGCAUAGGCUUCCAGGUCACCGAUGAGGAGUACGCCGGGGCGGACAUUUUGGCCCGCCUUGUGCCCAUGAAGGCGCACGAGGCCAGUUCCUUGUACAGCGAGGAGAAGGCCAAGCUGCUGCGCAAGUACGGGGCCCUGCUGGAGGAGAAGGACGGACAGCUGGAGGGCUACAUGAGCUCCCUCACCCUCGACAAUCUGAACAUCAACGAGGAGCAGGCCAACAAGCUGCCCCAGGGAAUCGUGGACCGCUGCGCCGCCCUGCAUGCCAAUAAGACGGCGAUCAGCGACCUGAUUGAGGCCAUGUCGCAGUUGGCCGAGAUCACCACCGACGUGGAGACGAAUCUCGCCGAGCUGACGCACAUGCUCGAAGAGGAGGCCAGGGCGGAGCGGGAGUUUCAGGCGGCCAGCGGUGUGCAGCGUACACCCAAUGCCCACAUUACCGAGCUGACGCGGGAGUUCCAGAAGUACAGCGAGGCGCAUGCCCGGGCCGGGGAGUCCAACAACACCCUGCGAAAGGCCAUGAGCCUGCACGUGAACAACCUGAAGAUCCUGGCCCGUCCCCUCCAGGAGAUCCAGCAGCUGAUGCCCAAGCUCAGCUCGGAGCUGAACACCGCGGAGAUCUUCAAGGAUGUGAAGCUGGUCCUCAACAAGGUCAACGAGAUGAAGGCCCAGCGCGCCCAGUUCCAUGCGGAUCUCCGCAUAGCCAUCAACGAGGAUGACAUCACGGGUAAGGUCAUUGCGCACGGGGGGCAGGAGGGACUGCAGGCCCUGUUCGUCGCGGAGAUGGCCAAGCACGACAGGAUUACGCAGCUGCUGGACCAGAACCUGCUGGCCCAGCAGAACAUACUCCAGGCGCUCACUGAGAACUAUGCUAAGGCCGCGCCAGUGCUGAAGACCCUCCAGGACGUCAAGCAGAAGCGGGAGCACUUCUACAGCUCGCUGGCAGCCUCCUACGACGUGUACGAGGAUCUGCUGGCCAAGUCCGCCAAGGGGCUGGAGUUCUACAAGAAGCUGGCGGGCAAUAUCCAAAAGCUCCUCAGCCGCUUCAAGUCCGCCCGCGAUGUGCAGUCGGAGGAGCGGCAGCAGAGAAUGCAGAGUGUCAGGGCCACUCCCAGCAAACCCGCAACCGAAGUGCAGCCAGCAGCCGUCAUUGGAGGAGGAGGAGGAGGAGUAGGGACCCCCAAGCUGCGGGACUACCUCAAGGCCAAGGGAACCUCUGCGGCCAGCAUUGCCGCCGGAAUGGCGCCUAUUCCGGAUGCCACUACUCCCGCAGCAGCUUCCUCGUAUGUGCACGCAGUGCGUCCAGUGCCUGUGGGGUCGGAGAAUCCGACUCAGGCGGCGUGCUCUGCCUAUGCCACGGCCCCGCCGAACGAGCCACCGCCGCCGUACAGUCUCCAGCAGCAGCAAUACUACGAUCCCAGUGCGGCGGGCUACACGAAUCCCAUGUACCAGCAGCAGCAGCAGAACAUCGCUCCGCCGGCCUACAAGGCACAACCCUCGCCCAACUCCCAAACGCUCCACGGGGCCAUGGGGCAGCUCACCAUGCAGCAGUCGCAGGAGGGCUGUCAGGUGGGAUCGGGAGCGGCCUACAAUUACAACUAUCCGAAUGCUGCAGUGCCUCCUCCGCAGGCUUAUGCAGCUACAGCAGCGUCGAAUGCUCAGGGAUUCAACUACCAGCAGCCCCUGUAUGUGGCCACAGCAUCGAAUUCAAAUCCUGGCGAGAUACCAGCCUCGUUACAGGCCCCGUAUGUGGUCAACCCCACUCCCUCGGCGGGCUAUCAAACAGGAGGAGUCUACCCACAGGCCGCUCACCCUGCCUCGAUGUAUCCGCCUCAAACGUCAGAGGCCUAUCCCCAGCCCCCGUCGGGAUAUCCUUCUGCUCAGCCGCCUCAGCAGCCCAUGAUUUAUGCUUCACCUCAUCAGUCCACAGGAUAUCCGACCCCACAGACGCCCCAGCAGCAACCUACCAUUGGCUAUCCUCAUUCCCAGACGCCCCAGCAGCAGCCCCCGGGAUAUCCCCAGACCCAGACACCGCAACAGUCCAUGGUAUAUCCGCAGCCACCUUCCGGAUAUCUUACGCAGCAGCCAUCCAUGGGCUAUGCGCCUCAACAACCCUCGCUAUAUCCAUCGCAGGCUGUCCAGGCAUCUCCCCGAUCUGCGGCGCGACUCCAAUCCUCUCCGGGUCCUUCGAUGCCAGUGAAUCCGGGCCCAUCCCCAUCCCAGCAGUACCCCCAGCAAUACGGUGAUCUCCAAGCGGCAGGAUACUCCGCGACUGCUUCUGCUGCUGCUGCUCCGGUUCCGAUUACAUCUCCUGCUACCGCUUCCAUUCCUCCGGUAGCCUCCAGUCCAGCUCCCAAUCCAGCUCCCACUCCCGCUCCCACGUACAUCAGCUACUCCAACCAUCCUGGGUACAGCUACAAUCCGCAGACGGGCGCCUACGACUACAGCAGUGGCUAUCAGCAGGAGAACCUCACCAAGCCGCAGGGCUCGCUGGGCUAUCAGUUCAGCCAGAGUGGAGGGCAGCAGGCGGCCGUGGUCGGGACCACGGACUCGGAGAAUGCCAAUCGUAGUAAUCCAGCCACAGGAUUCGAUUCGCCCAUUGUGUCGCACACCAAGGCAGGAACAGGGACAGGCCCAGACAGAGCCCCAUCUGCUAAUGAAGCAACUCCGCAGCAGCCAGGAGGAGGUACAGAUACAUCCAAUUACUAUACGCCACCCUACGGCCACCAUUCCACGACCGAACACGUCGGAGGAGCCCCUGAACCGCAGCAGCUGCAGCCGCCCACUCCGAAGCCCAAGCCAAAUCCAUCGGGUUCCAUUUACAUGCAGAGCGGAGCCACCAGCAUUGCCAACACUCAGACGACCACUAGUAGUGCGCCCUACGCCUCCUCGGCUGCGACCAAGGAGGCAGCUGCACUUGCUCCCAGCAAUGUGGACCUGUUGAGCGACCUGGAUAUAGAUUGCUCUGUUGCUGUGCCGCCUCCGAUGUUGCCACAGCCCCUGCUACAGCCUCAGUUGGUGGCUACCCCGCCAGGCAGCCAGGUGUUGACACCCAUCAAAACGGAGAUCACUGCGGAGCAGCAACAGCCACAGACAGCCACAGCAGUCGCAGCAGCAGAUUCAUCCCCAAUUGCUCCGCUGGCAAGGACACCCAGCCUGGACAAUCUCUCCAACUGCUCGGAUCUGAGUUCGCUUGAGAACUUUGAUUGGGACUCGGUCUCCCUCACACAUUCCGUUAGCGAGAAGCAGCCCAAGUCUGCCAAUGGAUAUCCCAAUAACUUUGCAUUCCAAGCCGAAAGGUUCACCGAUGAGAAGACAACGAAAUAUUUCCAGAAAGAGGUGGAGAGCUACGAGAAGCUGCUGGAGAAUCUGCACAUUAAGAUGCUCAACGGCAAGACCCAGCUGGGUGCCAAGUGGCAGGAGUUGCAGCAGCUGCUAAAUAAGGAGAGCAGUGGCAAGCGAUCAACGACCAUUGCCAAACUGUUCCCAGAGAAGAAUCGCUCUUUGGACUGUCUGCCCUUCGACCAUGCGCGAGUGAAGCUGGACAAGCAGACAGAUGACUAUAUCAACGCGGCCUACAUGAAGAACUUGAGUGCCAGAUGUCCCAACUUUAUCAUUGCUCAGACGCCCCAGGCCAACACGAUCAACGAUUUCUGGUCCAUGAUCUGGUCGGAGAAGUCACGCACGGUGGUCUGUCUGCAUACAACAAAUGAGCUCUUUGAUCCCUUUUGGCCACAGGCUUUGGAUCAGCCCACUCACUACGAUGACUACACGGUAACCUGUGUGAAGCUGCAGCAGCUCAGCCACUGCUCAGAGUAUCAGCUGAGACUGUCCAUGCAUGGGGCUGAUGCUGUCCUGGACUUGUCGCUGCUACAACUGAAGCAGUGGACCAAGGGUUCAUGCGCUCAGCUGCUGGGUAUAUCCGAGAACUCGUUGGACACACAUCGGCAGCGCUGUCAGUCAGCCAGUGCACCCAAUUCGCCACUGAUCAUGAGCUGUUUGAUGGGCUCAGAGCGCUCCGAGAUGGUCGUCAUUGGCGUGUGCGCCCUGAUAGCCACUCAGAGCAAGCAGCCUAUUUUGAUAAAUGUGGUUGAUGUCUGGUCUCGCAUUUGUUCGCAGCGUCAGAAUUCCCUGCGGGACUCGGCCAUCCUGGAGCAGGCCAUGCAAAUCGUGCUCUGUAAUGCACACAAUGUGCUCAACCAGCGUGGCAUCAUGACCUCAUAUCAAAUGAAAAUGGCACCGCAGGUCAACGCCAAGGAACAGCAAGAGAACAAGGAUCCGCUCAACGAACUGGAUGCACUCUGGAAACUUAAAUAAAUGACUGAACCAGAAACGAACCAAUUAAGCAGCUGCGUGGCGGAAUAUGCCAUUUUGAAUACAAAUAACCGCCCCCCAUACUGUAAUCAAAUCGAGUAUUUAUACAACUAUUCUUCAACUAUGCAUACACACUCACACAUACGACAUAUACGACAUAUAUAGUAAUCCGAAAUUGUUGCAAACAAUUCCAGGAAAGAGCAAAGUAUUUGAGAAAUAUCGAAACGAAACCAUUUUGUAAUUUGUAUUGUAUUAUUGUAUCCCUAUGAACUGUUAUGUGGAAUCUGUAUUUCGAACCAAAACGAAUGGAGAGGUGAUCGUGAUGUUUAUUGAAUAUUGUCAAGCGUUUCAAACCACUAUCUAUAUAUAUAUAUAUAUGUAUAUCUAUAUUAUAUUAUGUAUCAAUGAUAUUGUCAAGGAUUUAAAUCAAUCAAUAAAACGUAUU